GCGCGCUCCCGCCCCCGGGCGCGCGCUCCCGGGGCGCGUGCGGCGGACGGGAGGGAGGAGGACCGUAUCUCCGCGCUGGUCCCCAAAGAGGGUGUCUCCGGGCGUCCCUGGCCUGAGCGGCUCCCGCCGGGCGGCGGCGGCGGCGGCGACGCUUGCGGACCCUCGGGGACCCAGGACGAGGCCGCGGGACCGCGCCCCGAGUAGCAGAAAGAGAAUGAAAGAAGUAGAUAAUCUUGACAGUAUAAAAGAAGACUGGGUUUGUGAAACAGGACCUCCUGACAAUCAGCCCCUCAAUGAUAAUCAGCAAAGGAACUGUGACUAUUUUGUUGACAGCCUUUUUGAGGAAGCAGAGAAGGUUGGUGCCAAAUGCUUGUCCCCCACUGAACAGAAGAAACAGGUAGAUGUAAAUAUAAAAUUGUGGAAAAAUGGAUUCACAGUCAAUGAUGACUUUAGAAGUUACUCUGACGGUGCAAGUCAGCAGUUUCUGAACUCCAUCAAAAAGGGGGAAUUACCUUCAGAAUUACGGGGAAUUUUUGAUAAAGAAGAGGUGGAUGUUAAAGUUGAAGAUAAAAAAAAUGAAGUAUGUAUGUCUACAAAGCCCGUGUUCCAGCCCUUCUCAGGACAGGGUCACAGACUAGGAAGUGCUACACCAAAAAUCGUUUCUAAAGCAAAGAGUAUCGAAGUUGAAAAUAAAAGUGCUCUGUCUGCUGUUUCACUGAACACCUUGGAGCCCAUCACCAGGAUCCAGAUCUGGUUGGCCAACGGGGAAAGGACUGUCCAAAGAUUUAAUGUUUCUCAUAGGGUGAGCCACAUCAAAGACUUCAUUGAAAAAUACCAAGGAUCUCAGAGAAGCCCCCCCUUUGCCCUGGCAACGGCUCUUCCUUUUCUCAGACUUCUGGAUGAGACGCUGACAUUGGAAGAAGCAGAAUUACAGAAUGCUGUAAUCAUUCAGAGACUCCAGCAAACCGCGGAGCCUUUUAGAAAACUCUGAUAGUUUUGAGUUUUGAGAGACUGAGAGAAGUGAUGGUUGGAAGUGGACAUGCAGAAGUGGGAGACAGAAGUCAGUUUGCUUGAGCUUGUGGUUUGGGUGCUACUUAAUUCCUUAGGAGGGUGUUUAAAUAAUCACAAGUUAGGAGAGCAAUGUAUGGCCGGAAACCACAGUUAAUGUGUAUCUUCAAAUACCAGUUAACCAACAUGAUAUAUUAAAUAGCUAUAUAAUUAAUCUUCAUGUGGUCUAAAUUAGCAGAGUAUUAGCAUUGAAACAUUAUUUCCAAAUAGCAGAUAUUAAUAUAAAUGUUAGCUCUCUCAGUUUUUAAAUAGCAAUACAUUAAAUAUUGUACAUGACAUGUUAAAAGCAUCAAUGUUAUUAUUGUAUUGCCUAUACCUAACCCUCACAGCUUCUCAGUUUUCACUCUGUGAUGGCAAGAGAUAUUCAAGUAUUAAUUUAGCAAGAGUAUCUAAGAUGUAUAAUCUUUUAGGAAUAAAAUUGUGUAGCUUAGUACAAUGUUAGUAUUAAUGUUCCUACACACUUUUCUAUACCUUCAAUAUGUAAUUUUAUGGGCUGAGGUAGAUGGGUUCAAUGGUAGAGUAUUUGCCAAGCAUAUAUGAGACCCCAGGUUCAAUCAAUCCCCAGCAAAUUAAAAAAAAAAAAAACUUUAAAUAUGAAAUGUAAAAGCACUCACAAAAAUUCUCCAAGAACCACAGUUGAUUCUCUUCCUACUUUCUCCCCAAAAACUAGGAAUUAAUUUUUAGCUAACAUUUGUAAUUAGCCAUUCGUUUGCACCACUCAACUAAAAUCUACUUUAUCAUAUUACAAAUUUGUGAAUGUUUCUUAAAUUCACAAAAAGUACACAUUUUCUACUUCAUAUCACAGUAAACCUGUGUAGACAUUCUAGGAAAACAUGCUUAGUGUAUUAUACUUUUAACUGAAAACCAAUUAUGUUUCAGUUUUCAGAUUAAAUCCCCGUGUUUGGAAAUAAGUUAAAUGAACUAUUUUGCAUAUGAUCUAUUGAAUUAAACUUUAAGUAAUUAAAAUAUAAAUAAAAAUUAAUAAAAACAAAAGUGAAGUAUACAUUGUAGCAAGGAUUAAGUGGCCUAUACCAGCAACAGUAUCCAUAGGGUGCUGGAUGUAUGCUAUAAACCUUUUAUGUGAGUGAACUAUUUUGCAAAUGGUCUAUUGAAUUAAACUUUAAGUAAUUAAAAUAUAAAUAAAAAUUACUAAAAACAAAAGUGAAGUAUACAUUGUAGCAAGGAUUAAGUGGCCUAUACCAGCAACAGUAUCCAUAGGGUGCUGGAUGUAUGCUAUAAACCUUUUAUGUGAGUGAACUAUUUUGCAAAUGGUCUAUUGAAUUAAACUUUAAGUAAUUAAAAUAUAAAUAAAAAUUACUAAAAACAAAAGUGAAGUAUACAUUGUAGCAAGGAUUAAGUGGCCUAUACCAGCAACAGUAUCCAUAGGGUGCUGGAUGUAUGCUAUAAACCUUUUAUGUGAGUUAUAUGUAUAAUAGUAUUAAAAACUCAAAGUUUGGCCAGGUGAUGGUGUAUACCUUUAGUCCCAGCACUCUGGAGGCAGACACUGGCAGAUCUGAGUUCGAGGCCAGCCUGGUCUACAGAGUGAGUUCCAGGACAGCCAGGGCUAUAUAGAGAAACCCUGUGGGGGGUGUGGGGGGGAACCUCAGAGUUUUCAGAUAUUUAUUCCUUUAAAAAUAAUAACUUCCAAGCUGCCCACAGUGGUGCAUGCCCUGUAGCUGUCACUCACACCCUCACACCAAACUGAGAGGGGAGGGUCACUUGAGCCCAGGAAUUCAGAUCAGCCUAAGUAACAUAGCAAAGUCCUGUCUCUAUAAUAACAACUUUCAAUCCUGGAGGGAUUGCUCAGCAGUUAAGAGCACUGGCUGCUUUUGCUGUGGACCCAGGUUCAAUUCCCAGCACCCACAUGGCAACUCACAAUCACUUGUAACUCCUGAUUAGAGGCAUCCAGCUCCCUCUCCUGACCUCUGUGGGUACUGCACUCAAGUGAUACAUGGCAGGAAAAACAUAUACACGUUAAUUUUUUUAAAGAUUUAAAUAAUUUCCAAAGCAUGAAAGAAUUUCUUGAGAAAAGUGACACUGUAUUUUUUCCCAAAAGUUUGUCUGACAGUGAAUAUAAAUGAUUCUCACCUGUUCCUGUAUUCACUAUGUUGUAGUAUCACUCACUUAAUAGCCUCUAGAAGACAGCCCUUUUCAUUGGUGAGAGUGAAAAAGAAACGUAACACUACAUGACUAAGAGAGACAUUCUGACAGAGGGUCAUUUGGGAGUCCUUUCCAGGGCCAAUACCUGGCCAAACAUGGUAGCCCACAUCUGUGAUCAUAGCACUUGGGAGGCUGAGGCAGAAGGAUUACCAUGAGGUCAAGGGCAGCUUGGGCUGCAGAAUGAGACUGUCUUAAAUAAACAAAGUCCAUUCCUGCUACCUUCCACAAACAUGAUUCACUGUGUCUGACAUGGUGCCAGCUCCAUCUGGAAUCUCGAGUGAUUCGUAGGUAGUUAGUGUAACGAUGCAGGAGUUCUGAGUCCUGUGGAAAUCCACGCUGUGUGCUUCAGCACAGACAGUGAACCACUCCGCCGAAAUGCAGCUUCUGCACCACACUUAGCUAAAUUUACUCAGGCUGUUCUCUUUAAGCUGAACCAUUCAUGAUGUAACCUGUGCCUUGCCUCCCAGCCACAGAUGAGGCAGGACUGCAAAGUGUGAAUGAGGUUUUAACUAAGGCUCAGGAAUGCCAAGAGGGAACCCGUGUGCAUAACUGGAUGUCCUGGAUCAGCCCUUUCUUUUGUAGUCCUAUUUUAAAGACGCUCUCUUCCCUAGCUCCAGCCUUCCACAUGCCACACCUGUUUUUUGGGUGGGUGGUGUGGAAUAGAGGAUGAAGGAGAGCAUUUUCAUUUUGCCCUUAACCUAGGAAUUCAGCAGGUACCUAAUAGAAAACUAUUUAUUGUCAAUAAUGUUUACAUAGCAAUAUCAGAGCCCUCUUUAGCAAACAGAAAUAAUUACGUUCUUAACAAAAAAAAAGAGGAUAGUAAAAUCGAUAACUUUAUCUUUCAGAUAUAGGCAAAAACUUCUGAUUGUUAAUAUGGUCAGGAAUCUCUAAGGAAAUGUUUCAUAUAGGUCUAUCAUGAAACCUUUCUAUAUGCAUAGUUGUAAUUUAUGAAAGGCCUCUCACAAGAAUGUUUCUCAUGUAUCUACCAAAAAAGAAAAAAAAAAAAAGCCUCCUUUGUGGAUUUUCCAGUUCCUCAUUAACCAGAAGCUACAGGGGGUUUCUUGUGUAUCUUGUAGAGUACAUGCCAGUGGGAGGUUCCAAUAGGAAGAACAGUCAUCAGCAAUAACUUGUGUUUUUUUUAACUGUGAAAAUGUUAGUGUAAAUCAUGUUCUUGAUGAUAAUCAUCUGAUAAAGCUGUUUACUUGAAAAUUCAGAAGUUAUGAAGUUGCUAGACUCCUUACUACAGGUUGACUUUGGAAGCAUAAAUGGCCAAGGGAAGCAAAACCUGAAAUGAAUGAACAUCUUAGGAAUGGAAUGCAAUCUGACCCAAGUCAUUGCUUCAAAUCUGUCACUAGUCCUUUAUCUUGUGGAUAAGAUGGACAUACAGAAGUACAUGUCUGAUUUAUACAUCCAAAUCUGCUAGCUAGAUUAAUAUGCAUUCAAAACUAAAAUAAUCUUACUUUAUGAGUCAGUGCGCGUCAUGAUGUUUCCAUACAUUGACAAUGCAGUAUGUGUGUAUUUAUUUUAGUGCCUUAAUAUAUUUUUGAUGUGGUAUUUUGCUAAUGGUUAAAUGAACUGUUCUCUUAAAACGCUGUUCAUUGAAAGGGUUUGUUAAAUGAUUUACACUUGUUAUAAAAUAGUACAUGUGAA